AUGGUCCUGGCGCUGUCAGAUUCCAGAUCUAGACAUAAGCAUAAUCUAGAAAGGGAACGCUCACGCAACGCUCAAGAACUAAUGCGAGUGGAGCGCGCCCAUAACAAGAUCAUCACCCAGCUUAUGAAGGAAAUGGCUUCCGAACUAGGCCAUGCCAGGACAGAUAUAAAAAAUACCCUCCAGGAAUCCAAGGCGAUACGGGGUUGGUUGAACUUCGAAACCCAAGAGCCCUUCCGCAAAACGAGCGACCUACUCAAAGCUGUGACGGACUUAGACAAGCGCAUAGGUGUGAUUCAGUCGAACUUGAGUCAGCAGAAGCAAGAAGGUGCAGACAACAUUUUAUCUCACCUAAGAGUGGACCUUACUGGAGUAAAAUCUAGUGUGGAAACACUCAAACUUCAAUUGGACGAAAUGCGCAGAGUCAUCGAAAAGUCCGAAAACAACACCAAGAUGGUUCUGGAGACCGGCCAAAAAACCCUGCUACGCCUGGAGUCACCACCAUCCCACCCCUCAGAGGAAAUAAGUAAAACGUUGGAACAUGAGCUGAAUGGAAUGAAGAGUUCGCUGAAGGAGAUAGAUACAAGUAUCAGAUCUGGACUUUCAAUCUUACCUUCAGCGGACUCCGGUAAAAUAUUCCAAACCAGCAUAAGGGAACAUCUUCAACCAAUAGAAGAACACUUAGGUGCAAUGUCAUCCGAGCUGAGGACGAUGAGAGAGCAGAAGCAACGGGCCCCAUCACCUACAGCCCCAAGUCUAGCAACAGAGCUUGCACAAACUGGCGAAGCAGCAACAAAGCCAAAAAAGACAUACGCCAGAGUGGCUGCAAGCCCUCCCCUUCCUAAACCCAAUCACACUCUCAUUAUCACAUCAACUGAUUCGAAAAACACAGCCGAAAAUAUCAUCGAGAGAAUCAGGGAGGCUCUAGACACAAAAAAGACUGGAGCCAAAGUAGAUAGGGUAAGGAAGGCGAAAAACCAAAAAGUCGUCCUCAGUUGCAACACCAAGGAGGAUCUUAACCUUGUCCAAAAUAGAGUUAAGACAAAUAAAAGUUUAAAAGUAGAGGUUGCCAGAACAAACAAUCCCUUGGCGAUAAUCAGGGACGUGCUAUCGUAUCACACAGACGUCGAAAUCGUGGAAAAUAUACUGGCGCAGAACAAACACCUUCUGCAUGACGUCGAUGAGAAAGAACGAACAGUCAGAGUUCGAUACAGGAAAAAGGCGAGGAAUCCACAAGAGUGCCAUCCUGUACUUGAGCUCUCUCCAAAAGUGCACAGGCGCUUCAUUGAUGCGGGUAAAAUUUACAUCGGCCUCCAAAGAAGACCAAUAAUGGAUCACUCUCCCCUUGUGCAAUGCACAAAAUGCCUCGGUUUUGGCCACACAAAAGCAGUGUGCCAUGAAAAGGAGGAACUCUGCAGUCACUGCGGAGAGACCCAUUCAUGGGACAAAUGCCCGAUCAGACUGGAGGGGAGACCCCCCCGAUGUAAAAAUUGCCUCAAAGCGCGCGGUGCCGAUACGGACCUGGCACACAAUGCUUUUAGCUUUGAUUGCCGGGAAAAGCAGAAGUGGGAUGCAAUAGCACGGUCCCGCAUAUCUUACUGCUAA